AUGGCUCUUUCCCUUUCUCUGCAAUUCCAGUUGAAUGGCCAGAAGGGAUCGCCAACAACUCCUCUACCAAUCCAUCACCAUUACCUUCAUACACCAAUCAAUAGACCUAUCCCCAACUUACGCUUCUCCGUCCGGCCGAUCUCCGCCUCUAUCUCCGAGAGACCAUCUACGGCUGCCGCUCCUCCUUCUCCACCGUCGUCAACGGCAGUAACCUCCACUCUUCCGAUUCGUGAAAUCCCUGGAGACUAUGGUCUGCCAGUCAUCGGUCCCUUGAAAGAUCGAUCGGACUACUUUUACAACCAAGGACGCGACGAAUUCUUCAAGUCUCGUCUCCUGAAGUACCAGUCAACUGUGUUUCGUGCUAACAUGCCACCUGGUCCCUUCAUCGCUAAAAACCCUAACGUCAUCGUUCUCCUCGAUGGCAAGAGUUUUCCGGUCCUCUUCGACACUUCUAAGGUCGAGAAGAAAGAUCUCUUCACCGGAACCUACAUGCCCUCCACCGAAUUUACUGGCGGUUACCGAAUCCUCUCUUACCUCGACCCUUCUGAGCCCAAUCACGCUAAGCUCAAGAAGCUCCUUUUCUUCCUUCUUCAGUCCAGCCGCGACAAGGUCAUUCCUGAGUUCCACUCCACCUUCACUAACCUCUUUGAGACUCUCGAGAGCGAGCUCGCCGCCAAGGGUAAAGCCGAUUUCGGUACCCCAAACGAAGAGGCCUGCUUCAAUUUCCUAGCUCGUGCCUUCUAUGGGGUGAAUCCGCCCGACACUAAACUCGGCAACGACGGUCCGACUCUGAUCGGCAAAUGGAUUUUGUUUCAGCUUGGCCCUCUUUUCACACUAGGACUACCCCAACCCGCGGAAGACCUACUCCUUCACACUUUCCCUCUCCCUCCAGCCCUCAUCAAGGCCGAUUACAAAAAGCUCUACGAUUUCUUCUACGAAGCAUCGGUUUCGAUCCUGGACGAAGGGGAGAAAAUGGGAAUUCAGAGAGAGGAAGCCUGCCAUAACCUCAUUUUUGCCACUUGCUUUAAUUCCUUCGGCGGGAUGAAGAUCUUGUUCCCCAGCAUACUCAAGUUUAUCGGCCGCGCAGGCGUGAACAUUCAUAAACGCUUAGCAGAGGAGAUCCGAACGGCCGUCCGAUCCAACAAUGGGACAGUAACGAUGAAGGCGAUGGAGCAGAUGCCACUGAUGAAAUCGGUGGUGUACGAAACUCUCCGGAUCGAACCUCCUGUUGCUAUGCAGUACGGGAAGGCGAAGAAGGAUUUGGUGAUCGAAAGCCAUGACGCAGCUUUCAAGGUGAAGGAAGGGGAGAUGCUGUUUGGAUUCCAACCAUUCGCGACGAAAGACCCAAAGAUAUUUGAUAGAGCGGAAGAGUUCGUGCCGGAGAGGUUUAUCGGGGAUGAAGGGGAGAAGCUAUUGAACCACGUGCUCUGGUCCAACGGGCCUGAAACAGAGAACCCAACUCUGGAAAACAAGCAAUGCGCCGGAAAGAACUUCGUGGUGUUGGUGGCGCGGCUGCUUGUGGUGGAGCUUUUCAUGCAAUAUGAUUCAUUCGAGAUUGAGGUUGGGUCUUCACCUUUGGGUUCUUCCGUUAAAUUAACUUCGGUUAAGAAGGCCAGUUUCUGAUGAACAAAUAAGCACCGGCGAUGAUUCGCCGGCGAGCUUUCUCUU